CUGGAGACAACAAAAGAGAGACUAGUUCUAUCCUGGGAACCUCUGAGCCUGCAGCAACCUCUAGGGCAGAGGCAGGUUCUGACAUCCAUCCUGCUGCGGCUCCGAAUGGUUGCGUGGUGAUAAAACCCAGGUGGGGUGAUGCCUCUGUGACUGUCUCUUACAUUUUGCCUUUGGGACCAGCCUGGAAAUUUGUAUUCAGGGCUACCCAAACUGCAUUCAGCAUGAAUCUUCAGCUCCUACUUCUUGUUGUGUUUGCGGCUGCCUUCUGCAACGUUGCUCUUGCAGAAGGCUUUGCUUACGUGGCUUACAAUGACAGCUACAACUGCCUGGAUUAUAAAGCUUUGCUUGCGUAUUUUGGGCCACAACUCCCAGCAGAAGUGCUGACAGGGUAUUUAACAAGGGUGAUACCACCAAAUGCUUGCCAUGCAAUCGAGAAUCCUCCAAAACCAAGGAAGGCCUCAGAGAUGUGUAUUGCCCUCAUAGAGGGGUACGGCUGCUCUCUUGUUGAGAAGGUCCUUCAGGCCCAGCAGGCUGGAUACCAAAGCGCUAUUGCGUACCAUGUGAAUUCAGAUCAACCAAUUACCGUGGUGGCUGAUGACAAAGAAAUCCAGCAGCUGAUUAAGAUACCAUCACUCUUUAUUGGACAAUCAGUCUUCCUCUGCUUGGAGAGGGCUUUACAAGGCGAGGAAGGGUCAUACAUCAGACUUCUGACACCCAAACAUGACCUGGGUGCCUGUCAAGACAUCGCUAAAAUGCUGCCAGCAAGAUGCAUCGUGCAAGAUUUCAAAGCCGUGUUUGUCAUUAUGACCACUAUCUCAAUAAUAGUUGGCUUAAGAUGGCGCAAGAGGGCUUACAAGAUAAAGCUGCACAAGUACAAGCGGGGAGACAAAUAUGAGACCUGUCCAAUCUGCAUGGAAGAGUACAAGGAAGGGGAGUGCCUGAAGGUCCUGUCCUGCUCCCACGCUUACCACGGGGCCUGCAUCGACACCUGGUUCAACACCCAGCCCACCUGUCCCAUCUGCAAGCAGGUGGUGAACACCUACGAGCGAGGUGACCUGCCAGAGCAGGCUGGUGAAGAUGACAAUGAGGAGGAGCAGGACCCCGAAGACAUUGCAUUCGGAGAAGGGUACGAAGAUGGAUAUGUUGAAGAGGAAAAAGAUGAUGCAAGCACAGCGGAAGGAGAAUGGUCUGAUGCACCAGAGAAAGCCACCAUUUGAGCUGUGACAGGGAUAAGUUAUCAUUAAACCACAGGACAUCUCCCUUGUGCUUUCCUUCGGCUCUGGC